AUGCCUGGUCAGAACUACAGCACCAUGUCUGAAUUUAUCCUCUUUGGCUUCUCAGCCUUCCCCCAGCAGCUCCUGCCUGUCUUGUUCCUGCUGUAUCUCCUGAUGUUCCUGUUCACAUUGCUUGGCAACCUUCUCAUCAUGGCCACAAUCUGGAUUGAACACAGACUCCACACACCCAUGUACCUCUUCUUGUGUGCCCUCUCCGUCUCUGAGAUUCUGUUCACUGUAGCCAUCACCCCUCGCAUGCUGGCUGAUCUGCUCUCCACCCAUGGUUCCAUCACCUUUGUGUCUUGUGCCAGUCAGAUGUUCUUCUCCUUCAUGUUUGGCUUCACUCACUCCUUCCUUCUCAUGGUCAUGGGCUAUGAUCGUUACGUGGCCAUCUGCCACCCACUGCAUUACAAUGUGCUCAUGAGCCCCCGUGACUGUGCCUGUCUUGUGGCCUGGACCUGGGCUGGUGGCUCAGUCAUGGGGAUGAAGGUAACAAUGAUAGUUUUUCACCUCACUUUCUGUGGGUCUAACGUGAUCCACCACUUUGCCUGUCAUGUGCUUUCCCUCUUGAAGUUGGCCUGUGGGAACAAGACAUCAUCUGUCAUCAUGGGUGUGAUUCUGGUGUGUGUCACAGCCCUGAUAGGCUAUUUAUUCCUCAUCAUCCUCUCUUAUGUCUUCAUUGUGGCUGCCAUCUUGAGGAUUCCCUCUCGAGGCCGGCACAAGACUUUCUCCACGUGUGUAUCCCACCUCACUGUAGUGGUCGUGCACUAUAGUUUUGCCUCCCUUAUCUACCUCAAGCCCAAGGGUCUCCAUUCUAUGUACAGUGAUGCCUUGAUGGCCACCACCUAUACUGUCUUCACCCCCUUCCUUAGCCCAAUCAUUUUCAGCUUAAGGAACAAGGAGCUGAGGAAUGCCAUAAAUAAAAACUUUUACAGAAAAUUCUGUCUUCUAAGCUCCUGCGUGCCAAUUUGGUGGUGA